GUCUUCAGCCUGAGGAUGCGGCAGGCUGCGAGAAAACGGGAGCACUAAGACCCAGUGGGAGUGGAGACUGCAGCCGCGGGCCGGCCGGAGGAGUAGGCGCUGGAGGCGGGGAGCCAUCUGGUACCUUGGUCGCCUUCGAGACAGCAUCCUCUCUAGUGACAGAAAAAUGGCCAGUCAGUCCCAGGGUAUCCAGCAGCUCCUCCAAGCCGAGAAGCGGGCAGCGGAGAAGGUGGCCGAUGCCAGGAAGAGGAAGGCCCGGAGACUGAAGCAGGCCAAGGAGGAGGCGCAAACGGAGGUGGAGCAGUACCGCAGGGAGCGUGAGCAGGAGUUUCACAGCAAGCAGCAGGCCGCCAUGGGCUCUCAGGGGAACCUGUCUGCAGAAGUGGAGCAGGCCACCAGACGUCAGGUCCAGGGCAUGCAGAGCUCCCAGCAGAGAAACCGGGAGCGUGUCCUGGCUCAGCUUCUCAGCAUGGUCUGUGACGUCAGGCCUCAGGUCCACCCCAACUACCGGAUCACCGUCUAGGACCACUUCUUAGGGGCGUGUCCCUAGAGGCUGACUCCUCUGCCGACUCCUAUCCCAACUCAAAAUCACUUGCGUAGCAUGCACAGAGCACUGGUUUCAAUCCCUAGGACCCCCCAUCACCUCACAUAAUAACCUGUUCCAGGGUUGGAGAGAUGGCUCAGUGGUUAAGAGCACUGAUGGUCCUGAGUUCAAUUCCCAGCAACCACAUGGUGACUCACAACCAUGUCAGGCAGACAGAACACUGUACAUGAUAAAUAAAUAAACCUUUAAAAAAUAACCUUUUCCUAGAAGAAAGACUUCUAGGUAACAGGACCCAAUAUUCCCCCCACCCCCCAGUCCCACCCUCCGUGAGACUUACAAACAGCCCAUUCUAACCUGAAUCUGUGUGUUCCAUGACACCCACUGGAUCUAUAUGAUGAACACUCAAGCCAUCCCCAUCGGUACCCUCUGUGAAAUGUGUCAUGGCGAUGGAGGUAUGGAAAGCAUCCUGACUCAGCUGGCAGAUUUGGGUUCCUCUCCCUCCCCUCUUCCUUCCUGGCCAUGAGACCGGGGCCUGGACAAGCUCUUUAGCCUGGAAGUCCUGAUGUCCUCCUGUUUGUAACUGGAAUGAUGGUAAUAAUGCUAGCCUUUUAAGGUGACUACUGUGAAUCCUCCUGAAAGAACUCAGCAUAGUUCCAGACGGCUGGUAGUUGUGAUUCCAUAAACGGCAAGCCCAUAUUAUGACCCCCACCGCCCCCUGCUUGCCUGCCCGAAUCGUAAUCUGUCCUUGGCACUCUGUAACGCUCAGUCAUUGUGACUCUAGACAUUCUCUAAAGAAUUUGCUUUUUCCAAAGGCACAUCAUGACCCCUGAAAAGUUGAAAUGAUAGUGUCAUUUAGUCCCUCUCUCAAAGUCAGCAGAUGUAUGUCGAGCCUCUUAGCGUCUCUCUUUGUUCCUUGUGAGUGGGUCUUCCCUUGGGCUGGCCCUCUGUGCUCCCAAAGCUUACUGCCUCCCAGAGCUGAAGUGAUGCUGCGGCGUCCACAUGCACCCGUUCCUUUCUGUGGCUCAACAUCUGCUUCCCUGCUUCCCUGCAUGACAGCACAGUGUCAAUAAAAUAUCGCUGGGCGAGUCA